AUGGCUAGUACAGCUGAUCCGACUACGCAGGCCUCAACGGGCGUUGACGUUAUUGGCGAAGCGGUGGACAGCGGCGUGACGUUUGAGUCAAUCGAGCAGGCUCACAGUCACCAUGCACAUCACACUCAUCACUCUCAUGACUCGAUGCUUCACACAAAGGCGGAAGAUGGUGAUAUCGGUCCUAUGGGUUUGGCAUACACUGCAGCUGAUGGUGGACGUGCACACGACUGUCUCGGACUGAAGAGAAAGCGCUCGAUGUCGUUUGAGGCGAAUCCCGCCAUUCGCAAGCGACAGGCAGCUCGUUUGCUGAAGAAACUGAAGACAACUGUUGAUGAAUACACUACUCGUGUUGGUCAACAAGCUGUUGUUGUUACGUGCGCUACGAAAUCUGCGUCAGGGUCGUCGACGUUCAAAGUGUUUGGUGCGGCGCCCCUUGAGGGGAUCGUGCGAGAACACAAGGAAACCAUUAUGAAGGAGCUCAACGUAGCUGCUCAGAAUCAGUUAUUACCGCAACCGAGUCAUGGUGAUAAGUUCGACCUUCCUGCGCUGGUUGUUGAGGGGAAUCCUGUGCCUCUGGACAAGAUGACGCAAGCACAGCUACGAGCGUUUAUUCCUGACAUGUUGAAAGCUUCCUUACAGAGAGGCAAGCCAGGAUGGGGAAAAGAAGAGAUGAAGCCAGCGUGGUGGCCAGAUACGGUUCCGUGGCAGAACGUACGCAGUGAUGUGAGAUCAGAGCAGCAGAAGGAACAACAAUCUUGGACAGAUGCACUGAGAUCAAUUGUCAGAUCAUGUUAUCAAUACCACAAUAGGUUAGACCUUGUGACUUGUGACAAGUCAGAAGUAGAGAUGGAAGCUGAGAAAGAAUUGCGUCAUUCGAGGCAUCUAGGAGAAGUCGUUCUACAUCAUCUACAGCCCGAUGGCACCAUGAUAUUACAACACACGCUUGAACAGACAGACACUCUUCCUGCCACUGUUUCCAUGCAGGCCAUUCCUCAGUCAGAGAUCUCAACUCUGGCUGAAGUUGCUGUAUCUCAGGAAGGAAUUGUCACCUCAGAAGCUUCAAACUCGGCUAUCAGUGCUCUUGCAGCUGCUGUAUCAGGUAGUGGCACACUCAGUAGUACCCAGUUUACAGCCGUACUACAACAAGGGGAAGCUGGCUCAGUUGCCACUCUUAUUAGUCAAGACCCUGCAUCUGGCACACAACUAAUUAAUAUACCCAUUAGUCAAGAGAUGCUGCAGAGUGCGUUGGCGAGUGAGCAUGUUAUGAUUCCGACUGCUAACCAUCAGGUAGAGGUGGCCAGUGUCACACAUGGUGAUGAAACGGGUCAAAUAAACAUCAAUGUUGAACAAGUUGCGACUGCUCAAGUUAUGAAUCAAGUAGUAAUCGAGCAACAGGUCAACGAACAACCUACAGGAAACCCUACAUCAGAGCAAGUGGAAGUUGAAGUCGACAUCAUGUCUCAUGAGCAGCAUUAAUUAAGAACGGAUUAAAACAGACCUCUAUCAGUAUCAUCAUAUCUAACUGUGCUCUAUAGUGGAUUUGUGCAUGCCUGUUAUAUAGUAGUGUCCACUGUACUGUAUCUGAAACGCUUGCUUCAGGGAGUAGCCUUAGACCUUAGAAUAGUGUCUUAUUAUAUGGCAGGUAUCCCCUACAA